AUGGAUAAAAAAAACGUUUCGCGCAGAGAUUUAGAUUUGAAACAGAAGGGAGAAAAAAAGAAAUUCACGAAUGAAAUCCUGCGAAAAAAGGUGGAGAGAAUUUCAGGACUAUUUCGGUAUUCAGAACAACGUGUCUUUCGGUGUCUUUCUGUAACAACGUACCCGUUAUGUGGGACAGAUGUCAUAGUCAACCUCAUAUGA